AAUCUGAAAUGUAAAUCACUUGUUGUCAUCUAGAAACCGCAAUCGAACCCCAGGGCUCUCUCACGCAGCCUUUCACUCGCCAAAUUCAUCGAUAGGUAUAUCCGAAUGCACGAUUUCAGGUAUUAGGUUUUGCGAUUUCCGACGAAGCUAGUUGAUUGCGAUGAAGAAACCCUUUGCCCUGAUAACCACGCACACAUACAUACUUGCGUAAAAUCAAUUCAACAAUUUGGUAUUUUGACCCUUGAAGGGUUUUGUGCUUGAGUGCGAUCGGAGGUCAAAUUUCGAUCGAAAAAUGGAUUAUGUUUGUCCAGUUAACGAUUUGGAGAAACAGCUUAAAGAAGCUGGGGAACAGCUUGCAUUGCCCCAUUCUUCCACCAAGGAACUUCUAGAGCUUCUUGAUAAAAUCGAGCAAUUCUUAACUUUUGUGGGUCAAGCACCAUCUAUCUCAAUGCAAAGUGCACUAGUUCCCUCAAUGGGGGCGCUAAUUUCCGAUCAGCUAGUAAAGCAUUCAGAUGUGGAUGUUAGAGUUUCAGUGGCUUCAUGUCUUUGUGAAGUAGCCCGAAUAACUGCACCAGAUCCACCUUAUAAGGAUGAAAUUAUGAAGGAAAUCUUUCACCUGAAUGUGAUGGCCUUUGGGGAGCUGCUGAAUACAACUGGUCGCAGUUAUUAUAAAGUCAUUCACAUUCUCGAGUCUGUUGCUAAAGUGAAAUCAUGCUUAUUGAUGCUGGACCUAGAGUGUGAUGCUUUGGUCCUUGAGAUGUUUAAACACUUUUUAGAUGGAAUUAGGAAAAAUCACCCACAUACUGUGUUCUCGGACAUGGAAACUAUCAUGACCUUGGUCAUUGAAGAAAGUGAUGAAAUUGCCACAGAGCUUCUGUCCCUUCUGCUUUCUCAUGUCAGAAAAGAAAAUCAAAAUGUUUUGCCCGUUCCUUGGAAAUUGGCAGAGAAGGUCUUGAGAAAUUGUAAUGAUACUCUCAAAUCCUAUUCUCAAACAGUAAUGAAACUCAUACAGUCAGAUACUGAUGAUUAUGCUGAAGUGGUCACUGCCCUAUGCCAGAAUGCCUAUCAAAAUGAAACCGUGGGAACUCCGCCCACGAAGACUAACAAUAUUCACAAGAGGGAUGUUAAUACAUUGGAGAAUGGAGGAUCCACAAAGACCAUGCACUCUCAACCUAAGAAGCAAAAAUAUACCGAUACACAGAGAGUUUCAGCAGGUCCAAAGAAAAUAGAUAGAAAGCCCGACACCAUGUCCUCAAAACUGGACGAGCCUUCCCAUAAAAAUCGGUUAAAGGGAAAAGAACUAGAAGCAUCUCAAAACCUUGACUCCGCUCAUGAAAGCCUUUCCGCAAAAGGUCGAUCAAGAAACAAGAAGAACAAUUUAAGUCAAGAUUCAAAGAAAGAUUUGAAGAGAACAAGAUUUCAGGACAAAGCUUCACCUUCUGGGGGAGUUUCUUCGAAAGAAAAAUCUAAAGGCGUGAAAGGGUCUACAGAGAAGCAAUCGACUAAAACCAAGGGCGUUGCAAAGGGAAAUACCAAGACAUCUGGUUCUUUAUACAACAUAGCGAUAAAGAAGGAAGACGAGGACCUAACUGAUUCCGUUGGAGCAGAACCAUUAUUGGGACAAAUGAACGAUAAAGCACAGGAUAGAAGAAAACCUACUUCUUCCAAGAAGCAUGUUGCUAAUGGUUCUCAUGGCAAGGAUCUCCAAAAUGUGAAUACUUUGAAGAAAUACGGGAAAGAAUUGGUGGGGCAUAGGAUAAAAGUUUGGUGGCCAUUAGACCGAAUGUAUUACGAAGGUGCCGUUUCUUCUUAUAAUUCUUUGGAUAAGAAGCACAAGGUAUUAUAUGCAGACGGGGAUGAAGAACUGCUGGAUCUUCGUCACGAAAAAUGGAGUAUGCUUAAUGACCUGUCACCCGAUCAACUACAGGAGCAAGUUGCUGAUUUAACGAGCCCCAUGACUACCUCUGCCAAGCGGCUAAAACCAAAGGGGAAAAGAAAGAUAGAAUCGUCACUAAUGCAAGUGGACAACUACAAUUCACCAAAAAGCCCGGCUCCUGCUUACUCAUCAAAAACCCGACCCACAAAAGAACAUGAUAUCACCAUGGAUGUACUUUGCACUGAUAACCAAAAGCGCGAUCCAGUUAAGACAUCCGACAUUUCUACUGAAAAGGUGGAGCAAGAUGGUAAGCGAAAGAUGGGAAGAUCCGAAAAAACAGCAGAGUUCGUUUACUGAAACUUGAUUGGAUCACAUACCUGUUACUGACUCCAUAAGCAAGCCACACAGAUUACAGGUUCAGCUAACGUAGAAAACUGUGGGAUAAAAUAACCACUAAAAGGAAUAGAUCAAUGAUUGUUGAAAUGGAUUAUUUGUCAGCUAAAUUUUGAUGAAUUGGUGUUGUAGAUGGUGUAGAAAAAGCUUGGGUUUAGUAGUAAAAGAUUCAUCUUCAGUGGUCGCAUGCAGUUGUACAAAUGUGGUUUUCACAAAAAACAACUGCUUU